AAUCCCCAUCGAAUCCACAUCGGGAUCCAUCCCUCAUCCUUACCUGUCCAAUGAAGCCGCUGCUAGCCUCAUCCUCUAUGGGGAUCCACCCUGAAUCUCUUCCAACAAACCACUGCAGGAGCUCCCUCCUCCUGAUCUGCCUCCAUGCCUUCUCCCGCCGUCGACCGCGAGUCAGGAGCCCGAGCUCCUCUUCCCGAGCCGCAGCCACCCCGCAGCAUCCAACCUCGCCGGCCUCCAGGACCUCUGCUCCUCCUCUGUUUUCUUCUUCCCCCUCUCUCGAUUUCUUCCUCUCUCACGCACCUCCCUCUCUCUCAGGUACGCCAUGAGCAGCCCCAUGGAUGGGCUCCUCCAGCCGACGCCAAGUCCCCGCUGUGGCCGCCGUUUGUUCUCGUCGAUGCCUUGCGGAUCCCCGCCGAAUCAGCCUCCUCCGCGAGCCCUUCUUGCCGGAGCCCCUCGACCUCGACCACCUGCCGCCAUGGACUAGCGCCACCGCCGGAGAUGCCCCGUCCGCCGCCCGAACCUGCCAAAAACGAGCUCCAGCAGGAGCAUGCCGCUGCCGCCAGGAUCUUUUCAUCGUCGCUGUUGGUUGGAUCCAGCCGCCCCUGCUUCCCGUCGAGCCUCACCGCUCCGCCGGUCCCGUCGAACGCCAUCGCCCGAGCCUCCUGGUGCCCGCCUGCCAUGGCCGCCUCGUCCCUGCUCCAGAGGAGGACAAGCAACGCCUGUGCCGUUGCCUGCGUCGCCCAGAUCCUCCGACCUCCGUCCUUCGCCGCCGCGCCGGAGUUUGCGCCGCCGCUGCUCUGCUUCUUUCGAACCAGGAAGAGGACGAACGCCUUGCCUGAGCGCCCGCGUUGAUUCUCGCGGACCCGCUGCGUCGGCAUGCCUCCUUCCACCGUCCCAGCUCCCCCAGGCCCGCUCCUGCGUCCAGCGCCCGAGGCCCAGCCACUGUUUUGGCCCGGCCAUAUAAGGCCCAAUGUGAGCACACCCCUGGCGCCCCACCCUUUUUUUCCUGUUGUUGGGCCAGCAGAUCCGGCCCAGUAUUUUUUUAGGCUCUGCGAAUUGAGCUAAUUUCCAGAAAACUGUUGUUUUACAGAAAACCCCUUGUAGAUCAUGCAUAUAAUAACUU